AUGAUAGAACAAUCAGAUAAUUAUUCUUUAUCAUUCGAAAUUCUAUUUUGGAAAGUCUUUCACAAUAGAUUUUUAUUUGAAUUAAUUUUUGAAGUUUUAAAAACAAUGCCAAUAGAAUAUAGUAUACCCUCAAAAUAUUAUGUUGGUAAUAGAAUAACUUUCAAAAAUAUUUGCUCUUUAAAAUGGUUUGUGGAGAAUUCUCAAAUGGAAUUAUUGGGUGAUAAACUAAAGAGCGAUCAAUAUAUUUUCAUAGAUAAAGGAUCAAUAUUAGAUUUUUUCAAAAAAUGCAACAAUAUUACAAUUAUUGACCAGUUUUUAAAGAAAAAAGAGAACCAAAUAAAAAAUAUAACUAAUUUAAUAAGCGUUUUGGUUGAAAGUAAUAACCAUGAGGCCCUACAAAUAGCCUUAAGUAAUACAAAUAUGGAUCAGAAUCCAAUAACCAUCGAGAUAAUAAAGAAUUCAAUUUUAUUUUCAUCUCCCCAAGUUUUAAAACACCUUUUAUCAAAAUACCAAGAGCAUCAAUUAAAUAAACCAAUUGAUUUAGAAUUUCAAGAAAAAUUAAAACAAGAUUCACUUUAUUGGGCCUCUCAGAAUACAGCGCACCUGGACGAAAUGUUACAGUUUAUA